AUGCAGGUGCGGGGCUCUCUCACAGCCUCAGACCAGACGCCCCCGGGCCAGGCUGCAUGUAGCAGCACAGAAGCCUCUGAGGAGGAAUGCCUGACAUUUAGUCAACCAAGCACAUCCGUUGCAAAGUCUCCAACACCGGGAAAGAGACAGAAAAAGACAGUAAAAGAGAAUGGUUGUAAACCAAAGGAGAAAGCAGGAGAUGCUGAGGCGCCAAAGCCCACUCGCAGGAAGGUACCAAUUCCUCCUCUACCAGCUCAUCUGCCCCCAGUGAACAUGAUUCACCGAGAUGUUUUGCGGGCAUGGUGCCAGGAGAUGAAGCUGAGCAGCAAAGGCCAGAAAUUAGAUGCUUAUAAACGACUCCUUGCAAGGGCUUUUCCAGAUCAAAUGCACGAUUUAAAGAAUGUCCCUGACACACCAAAAGAGGCCAGGGUGAAGAUGCUUCGGAAAAAAAUGAAGACAGAGGAGGCGGAAGUGCCUUGUCCUCAGGUGACAGUUCCUCUGGAAGUGGUCCCUGUACCUGAGGAUCAGGUACCUGCCCUUACUGAGCCUCCUGUCCUCUAUGAAGAAGUCAGCACCACCGUUGUGACAACAACUGCCUCUGAGGCAAUGUUGGCAUCUUGGUCCAAAAUCGUAGCCGUGGCUAAUAAUCAUACUACCAAUAAGGCGAUGAAGAAGGAGGAGACAGUGCAGUCCAGUGCAACAGCAGAGACCUGUGCUUCCACAGGGGAAUUGUGGUGUGUGGUUCACGGGAGAAGCUUUCCUGCCAACACAAAUGGCUGGGUUCGGCUGCAGUUCCAUGCUGGACAAGCCUGGGUACCUGAGAAGAAAGGGAAAGUGAUUGCCCUCUUCCUGCUUCCUGCCUGCACCUUCCCACCCCCACACCUGGAGGACAACCUGCUGUGCCCCAAGUGUGUUCACAAGAACAAGGUCUUAAAUAGGAGUCUCCAGGGAUAAAGGGAGGAUCUCCGGUUUGGCUAGCUGCUGUCAUGAC